AUGACAAUGUACAGCAUGGACAGCCUGGAAGAGUUAUCUAUCCUCGACUAUGCCCGCUCCAAACGCAUUGCAACUGACCAUCUAAAUCUCGAUCCUUCAGAUCUUCUUGGUCAACUUCGCGACUACGAACUCGCAUACAUAACCUCCACAACAGAAGACUUGACACCGAGUCCGUCCAACCUCGACCCCCCAACAGCAGGAAACGAUAAACUAGAGCUUGACAGGGAUGGUGCUAGAUUUUUAUCAUCUGUUCUGAAGGACGUUUCUUCGCUACAAGCCGAUGCCAGGUCUAUUCCUGAAGAAUUCGAUUCUUUCGCAUCCCUGAAAUACAGCCCAAGGCAUGAUUUAAAAGUUGAUAUUCCAUUGCUCACGUUCGAAGAGGAACGAGCAAUGAAGACAUUUGGCAAGGGGCAUAAUCCUAUAGCUAUAAUGAACGAGCUGGUUCCUGAAUUGGCCAAUCGAGAAGAAGCAAAUCUUGACGAAAGCCUGGAGUUCCCUGACUAUUUCUGGGAAUUGCCAACGCGUAUUCUGCAGUUGGCCAUGGGAUAUUUGGACGAGAGGCGACACAAGGAGGAGAUUGAAAGGCUGUACAUCAAGUCAGAUCUGGCUUCAGAGAUUUUUCGACGACGACCUACUUCUCCCCUUUAUAUUGAACCUGAAGGGCAGGAAGAAUACCGCCAUAGCAGUGACAGUAGUGUUGAUGUCAUUUGGAGUCCUGAUACCGAGAGGGACCUAGAUUCUCGGAAGGAUUCUCUAACAUCAUGUGAAACUGUGGGAGGCCAUCCUAUUAGAAACAAUGUGCCGCAGAAUAUGACUCGUUGCUGUAUAAGUCCAGAACAGGUAGGAUACGUUGAAGCAUCUAUAGCCGGAGAAUUAUUGAAACAUACGCCCAGACAACCUGUCACUGCCAAUAAUCCUACAGAUUCUCCAUCGUUUAUAAAAACACAGACAGAGCAGGCCCCUAAACGAACGACACCGCUCUCUCAACCUACAGGGUUUCCGGUACCUCUUCCUGGUUCUCUGGGUACGCUGUCAGCAUUUAUGCAGACAAGACGUCAGAGAAAUAAGCGCCGCAAGCUUGGAAGUGAAAGUCAGUAUUUCAGCAGCCUGUCCGAGGACAGCAACGGGCUUCCUGGAACAGACGAAAGCAGUAUCUUCAAGAAACCAGACCAACCUGUCAAGUUAUCCUCGCCUCCACUCCACACACACGAAACCCAGAACCUCUACUCGUACCCCGGAUCGAUGAAGCCAACUGCUACACCGCUUACUCUGAUCUUAUCCACACACCUACUACGCACUGAGAGCGCCCUUGUCCGAUCUUUCGAAAGCACAACCAGCUCUCAGUCUACGCGACUAAUAUUCCGCGACUUUACAUAUCCCUAUCCACCCAAAGGGGGUAUAUCUAAUCAGUCCCAUGUCAUCGAGGAAGCGGACCUGCUCGUCUCGCCAACAACGGGCAUCAUCCUAUCUAGCUCGCAUGAGACGACACAGAAAUAUCUUCCAGAGCAGGGAACCCCGGGAAUAGAAUCUCCAUUAAAAGCGCGAAUUGUUCGCGUCGUACCGCGGUACGAAAUGCUCUAUGUGCUAAUUCGAUCGCCCACUAAAUUGUGUAUCAAUACACUAUCGUCUAUAAGGGAAUUGACUGCAUUCUGUAUGUCUCUGGGUCGUCUGUGCACCGUCAGGGUAUUGAUUACUUCACCUGAUCAUGUCUUUGAAUGGAUCAUGUCGAUAGCUGCAAAGCACUUCAUCUCACAUGAGGUAGAGGGAAUAUCUUCAUUGUGCCCCGAUGAGCAGACCCAAUGGGAAGUAUUCCUUCGAAAGGCAGGUCUUAAUUCAUUCGCUGCGCAGGUCGUUCUCAGCACACUCAAGACUGGCCACGAAUCGAAUGGGCUAUCAAGAUUCGUUGAAAUGCCUUCUACGAUGAGAAGGGAUAUGUUUGAGAAAAUCCUAGGCGACAGAGUGCUCAAAAGAGUUGACCAAACUCUUGAGAUGGACUGGCAGGUCGACUGGUCGACUGGGCUGUUGAUCUAA